AUGAAAAAGGUAAAUAUAGAGUUUUCCCCAAAGGAUAUCCCAUUUCAUAGUAAGGACGAAUACAUAUGGCUAUUGAUCCACAGAACCAAUGAGUUUAUCCAAAGAAUUAGAUGGAUUACUUACCACCACGAUACCAAACCGAAAGAAGACCCUCAACUAACACACUUGAAUAAUCGCUACAAAAAGAUUUUUAGAAGUAGGAAGAGCCCACCUCCGAAUCCAUUGCUUGAAAACUUUGAAAAGGAUCUACUGGACCUUAUCGUAAAUAUUAAAUUCAAGGAACAUCCACUAAGGUAUAAUCCACACCUUAGACAUCUAAAGGAUUACAUUAAAUCUAUUCAAGGUAAACAGGACAUCCUGGUCCCAGCCGACAAAACUGGAAACCUUUACAGAAUGGAUUAUGCAACUUACAGCAAACUCAUUAGAAAGGAACUAAACUUAAGGUAUAAAGUAACAACAAAGAAAAACCUAAGAGAUAUUAAUUUAGAAAUCAAAAAAGUUACGGCAAAUUAUGAUCUGACCGAUAGAACGGAGCCUCUAAAACCAUGUGAACCCAGGAUUAAUCUUAAGGACCACAAGAAAAUUUUCUCCGAAAACCCCUCGGCUGGUUAUGAGCAGGAAAUCACCUUCCUAGAUAUUGACAACAUAAAUCUCCGAAAUAAUGAAGUGAAUGUAAAUGGCUUAAGUAAUAAAGAAUCUCAUACUCUAAAUAAACAUAAAUCAAUAGAGGAAAAGAACCUAGCGUAUAAACCUAAUUAUAAGAAUAGAAAUAGUAAACAGAUCAUAAAUAAAUAUGAAAAUGCUAGCCUAGAUAAACCCGAUAGGCAUAAAAACGAUAUUGUUCAUGUCUUUAUUGCUUUUCAGAUCAAUAAACGAAACGUGAACGGUGACACACCUCUACUUCUGGCUUGUCACAGGGGUAACACAGAAGUCAUUCAACAACUUCUCUUGUAUAAACCCGAUGUUAAUCUGGAGAAUAAACAUAAUAACACGCCGCUACACUGGGCCUGCAGUUGGGGAUUCAAAGACAUUGUUGAACAACUCUUGCUGUUUGAUGCCGACGUCAAUAGGAAAGAUAUAUAUCACUACACACCUCUACACUGGGCCUGUGAUAGUGGACAUCUUGAAGUUGUUCAACAGCUCCUAUGGUGGAGCAAGAGCUGUUCAGAAUCUUCAUUAACUAAAGCUGAUGUCAAUGCUGUGGAUUCAGACGAUGUUACAGCUCUACAUGUGGCCUGUGGACUUGGAUACGAAAAUAUUAUUAAAGAACUUCAAAUACCUGAACUUAAAGUCAAUGCGAAAGAUAAAAAGUAUGAAAACACACCUUUACACUGGGCCUGUCGCAGUGGACAUAAACAAGCUGUUCAACAACUUCUGAAUUCUAAACCUGAUGUUAAUCUAACGAAUGCAGAGGGCAACACACCUCUACAUCUGGCAGUUCUAAAUCAACGUUACGAUGUCGUGGCCUUCCUUCUUUCCCAGCCUGAUGUGGAAGUGAAUACCAAGAACAUAAAAGAAACGACACCAUUGUUUGAUGCUGUUUCCCUUAGUCACUUUGGAAUACUUCAGAAGCUAGUUUCACAUGGAGCAGAAUUAGACGCUCUUGAUGCUGAUGGUAACAACUGUCUUCACCUCGCCGUGAAGAAAGAUAAGUUCCAUUCUGAGGAGGAGACUGGAGAGCAUUUAGACUAUUUCUGGAAAAGGCUUGGAUUGGAAAAAGAAGAGAAGCUAUGUGGCACCGUUAUUGCUUGCUAUCUAGGUCGUUCGAAAGCAAACUUUCACCAAAAAAACAAUUCUGGGAAGACCCCAGUAGAUCUCAUAGAGUCCGAUUAUCAAGAGAAAAUAAAAGAGCUUUUCCCACCGUUUUGUCUGCUGUGUGGUGUUAAAGAAGUUUCUGUGACGUUGUUACCAUGUGGAGACAAAGUUAUAUGCAGAAAGUGCUAUGAAGAGAAUCAGCCUCGUGAUUGUCCCAAGUGUGAAAAACCUAUAAAAAAUUUUACUGUACCUGGUAAGAAUGCAAUUUAAUGAUCUGUCUGUUUGUCUCAUUGGCUUUACGAUGGUGAAUAAUGUACUUUAUAUUGUUGUGCAGAUCUAGGUCUGUCAUAAGCUGACACAUUUAUGAUAAAAGGUGUUCUAGAUGUCUUCUCUUUGUGAUACUAUAUCAAUCACCCCAUCCACUAAAUUUUGUCUUUGUCCCAGUACAAGGUUUGC